AUGGUCGUGGAUUCUCCGGAGCCUAUUAGACUUACGUUCUCACUGCAGGAGAUUUUUUUUAUCUACAAUGUGGGAAAUGGUUUAUCUAUACAUGCCUGGGAAGACACGUGGAGUGAAUUUGGGCCCCUUCUUCAGUUACUGUCUUAUAGAUUCAUAAAUGGUCCUGGCUUUUGCAAUAACUCAACGGUUUUUGAUGUAAUGCAACGUUUUGGCACUACUUGGCCGGUGGAUUGGAUUCAACAAUACCCUCAGCUGCAAAGUAUUUUAAUACCUUCUCCCAGCCAAAUGGAGGAUACGGCUAGAUGGCUUGAUGCUAAAUUUUCUCGGGGAAAUUUUGAGGUCAAAGUGGCAUGGCAAACUGUUCAAGAAGUGAGGCCGAUUGUGCAUUGGUACAAGCUGGUAUGGAAUAAACCAUACAUACCUAAACAUGCUCUUUGCAUGUGGAUGGCUUGUCAGAAUAAAUUACCAACUCAAGAUCGUAUCAGUCAGUGGAAGCAUGAACCGCCGGAUUUGAAAUGUGUGUUCAGUAAAUCAGUGAUUGAAACGCACAAUCACUUAUUUUUUGAAUGCAAUUACUCAAGUAGCAUUUGGGAAGUCAUUAAAAAGGAAGUAGGGUUAACGAACUGUUUGAACAAUUGGGAGGAUAUUCUUAACAGAGGUUUAGCUCAACGAUGGAAAUCUUGGUCUACUGUUCAAAMACUUGGUAUAUCKGCCACGGUUUACCACAUAUGGAGRGAAAGAAACAGGAAGUUCUUUGAUAACUUCAAWCAUACAGGGGACAAAGUUGUUGCGGAGAUCAAGAUGCAGAUUCUUCAACGUAUGGCUUGGAARACUAGGAAGAAGCUGAAGAUUACUAAUGCUAUGUGA